UUUGAAAGCUGAUCAUUUAAUUCAGUAUUAUAAUUGCGCACGUAUUAAAGAACAAAUUUAAAAAAAAAAUUAGCCUACAGAUUAAGAAUACACUAGGCAUGUGAGAAUGUAUCUGAAACGCCUGAGAACAUUUAUGUUUCCGGUAAACUUUUUGAAUUAAUUGAGCUACUCUUUAUUGUUGUUAUGUAUUAUUAUAUAAAGUUACUCUUUAUUCUUCCCAUAUCUAUGUUAUCUGCAAAUGAAUAUCCUCCCUCCAAUGGUAUUUUCUGAGCGACAUCCUUAAAAUGAGUUAUAAACUAUUUUAAAGUAUGCGAAUUACCUCAAAUCAGCUCAGCAGCUAUCCCAAAACAGCUCAGCAGUGGUAAAGGCUAGAAUGGUCGUUGCCCACUGAGUUUCUCGCCGGAUCUUCUCAGUGGGUCGCGUUUCCGAUCCGGUGGUAGAUUCUGCGAAGCACUGCUCUUGCUAGGGCUAGGGACAGGGCUAGCAACAUCGUCAGGUUAGAGCCUCCUGGGCUCACCUACUCGUUCUGUGAAUCUAGCACAAUCCGCCGAGAUUACUAGAAUAGGUAGGAAAACAAAAUAAAAAAAGUACAAUAAUUUUAAGUCAGUAAAAUGUAUAAAUUAUGUACAAUUAUAACAAAUCCAACUAAAAUGUAUUAUCGUAUGUUUGUUUACAAUAAUUUAUACUAAUAAUAAAAGUAUGAAAGUUUUUAUGUUUGUUGUCGACUCAGUAACAAUGGUUGAUAGUAUUUUGUUGAAGAUAGUUUAUUAUCUAUAAUAUUGAAACUAAAAAUUUAAUUAAAGAAAUAGAUAAUUUAAAAGAGUAAGUUCUAAAUGUCAGUUUAUUAUACAGUCAUUAGUAAAUUACUUUUAAUUGGUUUAUAAUCAUAAUGCUAUAGUGUACCUUUACUGGUUCUUGAGUUUACAUAGCAAUGGAUCUAUGAUUUAAAUUGAUCUUUGAUGCACCCGACAGUGAUCGAAGCUACUUUUUAUACCGCAAAAAUAAAUCUAAAUUAGAAAUUGUACACAUACCCCCGUGCAUUGUUAUAAAAGUAAAACAAUAACAUUAACAGCAUUUUAUAAUGACAUGAUACAGUCAAGAUUGUAUCAAUUCAGCGCAUAUAUUUACGUUUUAAUUCGUAAAUGGGAUUAGCUUCUUCCGAAGACAUUUUUGGCGUACCGAAUGAAUAUACGUAGUAGAAAAAUAAAUCACCUUAUUUUGUGUUCAUUAUGGAAAUUGUUAAAUUGAAAUCAAAGACUAAUUAGCUUGAACAUAGAACAUUUUACUAUUACACUUUAUUACUUUAUAUACUACAUUUUAUUAAUUAGCCUGACUUGAAAAUUUUACUGGCCAAUUAUUCGUUGUUUUUGCACAAAGUACUUCUUAGUGAGGCACUAGAAACUUACACGUGCCGCAUUCAAUUUAAUAUUUUGCAUAAUGUUUUACGUUCAGCAUUAGCGGCUGUUUGAUGUCACAAACUUGAAACUGGAACGCGUCCAAUAAAAUACGACUUAUCUAUUGAAAUUACGAAAAUCAUUGAAUUAAUCCAAAAGCAUUUCGUACAUUGACUUUUGGCGCUCAAUACAAGUUCAUUAGAUAAUAAUAUUGAAGUCAUUAACCGUAAUGAAACAGAAGUAUUUGUUAGAACGUGUAUUUGCGCAUUCAAAAAUGUUCUAAUGCAUUGUUAACGAGUCGCAGGUGAAUGUAGCGCGCUGUAUAUGCGAAGUAGGUGCGUGCCACGGCGUGUGCAGAAUCGGCUGCAUCACGAGGGCCCGCGAGGGGCACCACCGCUCUAGCCGUCUUUUUUCAUUUUCCGUGCGUCUUUUUUUGGCAUCGCGCGUUAACCUUGGCUGUUAUUUUUUUUUUUUUUUCAUAGCGAAACACAGUGCACGUACGCGCACAAGUUUUGGAUAGUCGUAGAGCGUCCCCCACUCGACGCGUCCGAAUUUUCUGCAUUCGGACGGCGCGAAGAGUUUUCGGCGGUCGCAUUCGCGAGCGAGGCUCCCCGCGGCUAGGAGCGAACGCGUACGGCCCUACACACACGCGCGUCGCGAGCGCUGCAACAUGCGGAAGUAAUCACACCGACCCUAACUAACUAAGCCUGUGUGCCUCGAGUGUUGUGAGCUGAUUGACGGACACCAAGUGAUACAAACUAUGAUAGUUGUGAACGGCUCAUUAGAGCUCUGAUGGUUUAAAUAUAUAACGAUACGAGGACUGUGGAAUUAGCGAAAUGGAAUCGAGGAAAGUAUUGUUGCUCUAUUUAUUUAUUUUAUUCAAAAAAAUAUUAGGUGAUUGAAUUAUACGAAAAAAUAUAUAAUUGCGCAACUUAAAAUUUCCGACCUUGAUUUUGGUAUGGAAAGAAAUAGCUCCAAUCGAAGGUUUUCGCUGCGAUUCGACCAGGAAACGUUCUGAACGCUUUAGAAAACAUAUGCGUCGUAAGUUUUUCCAUUUGACUAUCAAUCUUUUCGAUUUUUUCUAAACGCUAUCGAUUAACCUAGGUAUCGAUAAAUAGUUGACAGCCCCGCGACUUACACACGAUAGCCUUAACAGGGCGUACGCCAGUUUGCACCUUAAAACGUUGUUGCAUUAAGACGUAUUUGCGCAGUUCCGCAUCGCCCCCGAAGUUUUGCAUACACGUGCUGUCGUUCUGGGGCUAUUGAACUUGAUAAUGAGACAACCGUAUCUCCAGUUUUUUUUUCGAUUCGAAAAAUAUUGCAUCAGUAAUUCUUUCUGCGCGUUCUCCGCAACCGGUUCCUGGCUGCGCUCGUUUCACGAAACCUGAUCAUGAUUAAUGCGAAGCGAUCGCUAAUAGCGAACCUCUAUGGCGGUAGCAUAGAGACAAACUGUCAAAAAUUCUAGUUUUCCGCGAGAUACGCGUAUGGCUACAGCGCGCGAGUUGAUUACGAGUACAAGAUACGGCCCCCGGAACCGCUCAGCGAGACGUGAACUGGUCGCGUAACGCAUUAAACAUUUGCAUAGAAACUGUCAAUGUGGCCCCGCGCGUCCAUGGACAAGCGAUUAGCACCUAGACACGAACCGCGGUCAUCGGUAACCGCUCGCCGCGGCCGCGACCGCGCUUCUGUGCCUCCGAGACGCUCGCGGUCCGUCAAUCAAACGCAUUUAUAAUCGACCUUAAAUUUAUACAGAUACCGCUCUUUACGCAUUGACGAAUCACAUGCGUUACUCAACACGCCGAUUUGAAUUUCGAAUUGUUUAAUUCUUUGUGCAUUCAAAUUUGAUUUUUUUUUUAUUUUUCAUAUGGGGCUUAGUGUUGUGGUAUUCAUACAAUCCGAUGACUCAGUUCUCACGGCAAACGAUUCUGCGUACACACGCAUUAUCUUUCAUCUAGAUUAUAAUUGCCGGUACCGAUGUUUGGAUCGAUCGUUUUUAUUAGUUUUGUUUGUAGAUGUUAUUGCUUUACAUAAUUUGGUUUUAGUUAAAUACCUACUUUAGUGCAUCGAAAACAACAUGAUUCAUGUUAAGGUUUUGAUAAAUUAAAUACAAACAUGACAACGAACUGGCCUAUUUGUCAAUAGAAUUGAAAUAAAGGAAUAUUAAAAAUAUCUUGUUACUAUUGUGUUAUUUUUUUUUCACUUUUAAAUAUCAAUGAUUAGGUGUCAUUACGACCGACUGAAUCUUUCGAGUGAAUGAGAUAUACAAAAACAUACGUAGUGAAAAUGUAACACCAUUAAAUUUAUAUCAUAAAUAUAAUAUCUAAAAUUGCGAUAAACAACACAGUAUUUCGACCGCAUUGGUGAUACCGAAUUUAAACACAUUUUACUGGAUAUUACUGUUCCAUUGAUAAAGAGUUUAAAAUGGAAAAGGAAAAAAAAAUGUGAGACCUUGUACCUUUUAACGUAUUUACGCGUUCUACAAAUUUUUGAAUAACUUGUUUUUUUUUUUUUAAUUUGCAUUAUGUAAAGUUAUUAGCAUGCUAUAGUGCGAAGGUCGUUGCUACGAUUGGUCCUACGCUUCCGCUGACGUUACGGCCACAGGCAGCCGACCAAUGGAGACGCGCUGCGCCAGCAACAUAGAUUAUACUCUUUUAAAAUAAACAGCAGUUAAUUUAUUUUCAAAUUUGGAACUCUAAUUGUUUUGUCACAUAACGAAGUUGCGCGGAGGCCUAGUUUUUAUUAAAAGGGCAGGCAUUCGAGGCGGCCCGGGCAUGGACUCGCAGCAGCAACAGUACUGCCUAAAAUGGAACAGCUUCGGUUCGAACCUCGCCACGUCAUUCGCGAACCUCUGGAAUUCGGAGAGUCUCGCCGAUGUCACGCUCUACUGCGAAGGUCGCCAAUUCAAAGCGCAUAAGGUGAUACUGGCCGCGUGCAGUAAACAUUUUCAAGAGUUAUUCGACACGGCGCCACCUAGCCAUGCGGGCGCUUGUUAUGUCAUUUUGGAGGCUACCACUGCCGACAACAUGCAGGCCCUCCUCGAAUUCAUGUACAAGGGCGAGGUACACGUCAGCCAGGAUGCCCUUUCAAGCUUUCUUAAAAGCGGCGAGAAUUUACAGGUCAAGGGUCUGUCUAUGGAAAUGUCCCAGGAUGCUUGGGUAAAACAACAAACACAGCAAUCAUCUGGAGAACGUCACCAAACACGUAUAAAGACAAGUCCGGUAUCAGGGUCGGGGAAUUGUGAGGUCCAAGAGUCUACCCCUCUGCAACCCCACAAUACCACUUUCGCUCCAAUUAUGCCCCAAUAUGGACUGCCCAUCCAUAGCGGUGGAAACAUAGGGCGAUUUGCGCCCUCCGGCCACCACUUGCCAAUACACCCGUCUCACCGCCGACCAGCGCCUCCAAAGUCCUCUCCAUGCCAGAGUCCGAUCACAAGGAAUUACAGGCAAAGUUCUUCAUCAUCGCACUGCGGGAGUGUCGCCGACGAGCCGGACACCCGUUCAUCGCCUGGAGCUAGUGCUAGAUAUGAGGAGAACCCCCCAGACUGCACAUCGACCCACGGCAAUCCGGUUAAGAACAACGGCUACGAACGCAGUGCAUCCGCUAACGACGAAAUAAUGGAACGCUUGCCAAACGACCAGGGUGCUGAAGAUUUACGGGUUAAAAAUGAUAAUGAUUACCACCCAAGUGGGGGGUACAACAAUUCGCCGCCACCGGCGCCGUCCAUUACCGGCACCAACUACCAUGAGAAGCCGAUAGAGACUUCGGUGCCACCCAAACAAAGCCCCGACAUUUGGCCAACGAAAAUAAUAACCAGCAAAUCUGGAGGAAUUGCUACUGCUGACGGAAAGAAACUGAAAUGCCCAUAUUGCGAGAGACUAUACGGAUACGAGACAAAUCUACGGGCCCACAUCAGGCAGCGGCAUCAGGGCAUCAGGGUGCCUUGUCCGCACUGCUCGCGCACCUUCACGCGCAACAACACCGUGCGGCGCCACAUCGCGCGCGAGCACCGCCACCAGGUCACGCCGCACAUCUCCCAAGGACCACUACCGAACCACACGCAGUAAGAUCGAUCGCGAACAUGCUAAACUCUCAAACUUGUAACCGAACUACCUCUGUACUUUCCGGCCAGCGAGGGCGACCGUAAAUCUACCUCUUUAAUGUUAAAUGUAUCCAGUGGAGUAUAAUUUUUUGACGUUUAAUUUUAUAGUCUGCGCUUGUGGAUGUCCUUAUGUCCCUGGUCGCCCUCGCCGGGCCGCGAACGGUACGUAACAAACGUACAAUAAAUUACCUCGUCGAUGCAUAUUAUAAAAAAACAGUAUCUACCUCAAAAUUUUAUCUUAAGAUUUUAAGGUUUGAAUUGUGCGAUAAUUGUUACUUAAUUUAAUGUUCAGGUGUGACUACGAAUGGUUGCUCAGUACUCGUAUCUGUCUGGUACCGUGUUUUAAAAAUAUUGUACCCCGUGUAAUAGCGCCCGCAUCACUUUUAUGUACCUUAAUUAUGCAAUUUAUAGUAAUAUGUCCAGUUGACUGUGAGAUAAAAGUUACCUUUAUAUUCGUUUUAUUUUGUGCUCUCGGUCUAGUUAUCACGUACCUUAUUUCAAUAACCAGAACUAGGGAAUCUUAGAUAUGUUGUUGAGACUGAUGGUCAUAGGCUAAGUGUGUGUAAAUAAUAGGAGAAUGUUGUAAACGCCUUGGCCUAGGUUGAGACAUUUGUUACUGCACCCUGUGGCAAAACUACCUCUUUAUAUUGAAUACAUUAUUUUUUUCUUAUAGUUUUUAUUGAAUACAUUCUAAUGCUUUGUGCUCAUAAUGACAAUAGUCUAGAUAUUUUAAGUUUACACAUAAAAUAUAUCUGUGAUACAAAACCAAUCAUUACAAUAUCGAACAGGCCGUAUACUUAAUGAUAAUUUCCUCAUAUUGCCACAUUCUAUGUAUUUGUACGAUGAGAUAAAUGCGAAAAAAUACGAAAAUAGGGUUUCAAACAGUUUUUUUUUUUUAAAAUACACAUUGAAUUUAAACGGGCUUCAGUUUUGUACAAAGUACAAUUUGCCGUAGAUUCUAAGUAGUUAGGGAAAAUCGAAAAAAAAAAAAACGUGUUAAAAUUUUCGCAUGUAAGGGCUGAUGCGUGAAUGUGUUUGAUAAAUCCAUUUCUGCAGUACGCAACGGGCUCGCCUGUAGCGGAUGUUACUAUUCAUACCAAAUAAUUAUAUGUUUCAUGGCGAUGGUAUCGAUUUUAACAUUCCGUUAGGUUUCUUAUCGUAGUGCAUUUAGAAGGCCACUUACUGCUUCUUUAAUCCUAGUCAUUACAAGUGCAACCAGUUGAGAUUUUUUGAAAGAGAAUAAUUAUUUUAUUGAUAAAUUGUGGGAGUCUUGCGGUGUCAUUGUAUUAUAUUUUGUUGAGUAGAUACCGCGGGGCUCCGUCUCGUGUUAAUCUUUUAUUAUAAAUUCAACUGCAAUAAUUGGUCUUAGGUUACAACGGUCAGUGCCAAAUAACUUCAAUUUUAAGUUGACAUUCGUUUGUAUUAUUUAUUAUUGUCGUGAGUGAAUGUAGCGUCUGUGUGUUAUAUUCCUGAUAUUUAGGAAUAAGUUGCAUUCAUAUUUAUUAUUAUAUUUACAUUUUAAGAUAUCAUUAUAGAAUAUAUUAUAGACGAAUGUUUAUCAAGGCUAAGUGACUUUUAUAUAUUAUUAUUUUAGAUUCAGUUUUUAUCUACCGUUGAAAAGACAGCGUUUUAGUUUUCUUUUAAAUGGCUAUUAUUAUUCCUUUUAUGUAAAUCUUUAGUCACAUUUUACUGAGAGUAUUCAAUUUGUUGUUAUUUUUUGUUUGACGAAUUCUUUGAAUUGAUUAGUUGACGGAAAAUCUCCGAUGUUGAGAUAUUCGACACAAGAAUAAUCUCGAACGAUUACGCAUUAUACAAAUACCAAAUAGAAGCUAAUAAAAUACAGUUGAUUUGAAAUUUUCAAGCUUUUUAUCCGAAUAGACAGGCCAUUGAGAUUUUUGUAUGUAAAUGUAUUAUGAAAUAAUAAUUACGUUUUUGAAAGGUAAGCCUGUAUUGAUUUCCAGUUCAUCAAACAAUAUCGGUAAUGGGGAGAUAUGUAGUUUGAAGUGGUAAAAGUUCACGGACUUCAAUUAUGCACUAUUAGACAAUAAAAAAAAAUCAUUUUCAUAUUUCCUUCAUUCCGAAGCGAGGGUAUAAGCUUUGAUUGAUGUUAUUUAGACCGACAGAUGAUGGCAAAUAGUGAACGUGGCUUAUAUUUUUUGCGUUUAACGUAAGUAAUUAUCGCACAUUGAACACACGUUUUAUUCUUGUCUGUGACUUUAACACGUGGUUGGCGGUGGUCUCUUUCUACUGAAUACAGCUUAGGAUGGGUUCAACAAUAUACGACGAAAUAACUUGUCGGGAAACAAAAAAAAAACUGAUUAUCGGAAUAACAUAUUUCCGACAGUACCUACCAAUUGUUGAGAGAUUAAUUUUUGAACAUACACUGACCUAGAAAUUUGAGAGCCUAAAUAGCUUACACGUUAGGUUGUCACAUGUAUUGACUUCUCUACGUGGCUCCCCUUGUGGUCAGUUAUAGGGCCGGUAUAUCGAUGUAAUGACAUGAUAAAUCCAGUGCCUUCUCGAAUUUUCUGCAAAUCGAAAUCGAGACUUGGCUUAUUAAGACAAACGAUGUUCGCACGUAUCGCUUCGUCAUAUUCGUGAGUUGGGUUUUUCUUUUUUCAUGUUAAUCCAUUUUAUUGGCGUCAUAUUUCAGUAAGCGUUUUUAAUUGUUCAGUUAUAAUAAACAUAUUAUUUAAUAUUAUCUCGCUAAGCUAAAUAAAAUUGAUGUUAGCAUUCAUAUAUUUUAAUUGUAAUUCGUUUAAAACUACAAUUAUAUAUAUAUUGUUCUAUUUGCGUUUAUUUUCUUCUUUUAUGAAUUCAAAAUUCAUAGUUGUGAUUUCUUUUUUGACAUUUAAUGUUUUUUGUGAUACGUUAUAAAAAAUUGCAUUAAUGCGUCACGGUUUAUUUUUAACAUUAAUUUAGCUUUUUAUUCAUUACUGUUCUCCUUUAUGUGUGUCGAUUGAUACUUGUAACUUGUACUACUGUUUAAAUCAGUGAUGUCUCGUUAGCACCAAGAGAACAUUGCAUGUUAAAAUCAAUAACAUUGGCUUCUUGAAAAAAAAAGGUACAACUUUUAGAUUACAUUUGUCAAUUUCAUUGUAAAGUUAUUAAGUUUUCUUUUUUAAUGAAAAAUAAUAAUAAUUCAUUAUUUAAUAAUAUUACUAGCGUGUUAUAAAAAAUCAGCGCACUUUGAAUAAUAUAAUUGUCUUAAAUUAAGUUGUGUCAUGUAAAAGUAAUUAGUGGACAAGUUAAUAGUUGUAAUGUUUGUAUUCGGUGUGAUAGGAUUCACGUCAUGUUGGUGUAUUUCAGUCCUCUAAUAUUAGACCGAUCUCCCACUACCAAUGGCUGUUAUGAUAAGGCAAUCGUUUGACAAAGGCACGUUGGUCACACUUCUCAUUCCGAGUUUCCGGUAGUUUAUGAGGAGUUUGACCAAAAUAUGUAAGUUGGAUCCAACGUUUGUUAUGCGAAAGAAAUUUAUCGAUUUUUAAUUAGAAGUUCAAUUUGUUUCGCACGACGAUCACUGCAUUUAUGUGAAGCGUAUAAAUUUGGUUCCGUAUUGGGUUUUGCGUUAUGGUUAGCUUAAGUUUGUUUUUAAGAUUUUAUUUCUUUUUUAUUUUUAUUAAGUUUACAAUAAUCGCGAAUUGUCGUGAUGGUAAAGCCAAAGAUUGUUACGGGUAAGGUGACCCUCUGCCGUCACACGGGCUUCGUAAGAAAAUUACAUUCAAACUCUUAAGUCUGUGUUUUAAGAUCUAUUUUCGACUAGCAAAGUUCGGAUGUAAUAUCUUACAAGGCCCAUUUAGUUUUUAAGAUUAUCUACCUCGAGGAAUAUAGAACUAGUUAUUAAGUAAUCUAUAAGUAGAUUUUUUAUAUGAAGAAGAAAUAAAAAAUAUUAGAUUAUAAGCAUAUAAUAUGCGAAAAAAAAAGUACAAAUAAACUACCUCAGGAUUCAACUUUAGUAAUUUGAAAAUUUUAAUCUUAAAAUGUCAUUCAGACGUAAUGUAUCAGUAAGUUUAUUGAAUUAAAAAAAUAUAAUUAUAUAUUUAUAUUAUCUAUUAAAAUUUGCUCGGAGCUUAAACAUUUCAGGUAAUAGUUAAUGAAUGUACGUAGAUAUCUAUAUAGAGCUGGACGGAAAUUGCACUUUUUUCAUUUGAAUCUCUGCAAGGUAGUGUGUACACUGUAUACUCGACUCAGUGUUGCAAGCUCAAAAUAUUACAGCGAUAGCUUCGGAAGUGAACGAGUCGAAUGUGCUGAGUUGAAGGUCUAACUGUUAGUUAGUAAGUGUUACGUAGGCUAAAUGUAAUAAUCUCAUUAAAAUUAUGUCUUUUUCGUAAGCAGCACAGCCGCGGGGGAUCGGUCGCGAUUCAUUUCACGUAAUCUAAAUGUACCUUCCUUCACUCUCCGGAGUAUAAAUUUUUUUUAUUCGUAUUUUUAUUAUUAUUUUUUUUCCAGUUAAUAUUUUUGUGUUGCAUAGUUACUAUGUUUUAAGGAGGUGAAAAAAAUAAAAAAAUUGAAUUGAAAAAAUUAUUGUUUGUUAGGUUUCUGCGAAUUAAAAAUUUUUUGUCACAAUUUUUUUUUUGUUUAUUUUUUCCUUUUGUUUUACGCUUAAUUUUUUGUUUUUUUUUUUCUAUUUUUAUUCAAGUUAACAAGUUACACCCGUCCAUCGUGUUUAAUGUUUAUCAUGAUAAAUUUAAGUAAAUUAUUUAAGGAAUUGAAUUUUACCUAAGUACCUGCGCAAUGUUCAAAAUCUAGUUGCACUUAACCGGUAAAUAAAAUUAUUGGAUGUGUUUUUGUUUUUAAUUAUAGGUAUGCACUUAAAUAAACGGUCUCGUGAAUAAAAUAAAACUUUUACGAAUUUGAUAAAAAAUAAUAAUUUUGUCGCAUUGAAUGUUAUGUAAGUUGUGCAAUCAAAUUGAAUGAAGAUUGGAGCUCGUAAUGCAUGUGACAGAUUGCUUUAAGAUCGAAAAAGAGUGAGCCUACUUCUGAAAUUUUCUAAUUAUUCGGGUUUUUGCAAUAUAAUUCUUAACAUCUCGAUGUUUGACGUAAUAUUAUGACGGAACUUUCGUCAUCAUGAAGUGUAAAUAAGACAUUUUUUCUGUCUCAUCUGUACGUGUUUUAAUAUCUUACCUUAGUUCGAUUCGGGUAAGUCUCGGUGUUACAUGAUAAGUUCGUUGUAUCAUCUGCAUGUAUAUGUGAAAUGUUUAAAAAGUAUAGUUACGAUUCUUAAUGUAAUCGCAAAGAGCACUUUCCGUAUGAGGACACAAAGUACAAAUUUACGAAGUCUUAAAUUGUGACUGCCAGUACAAAUUAAUUUAUAAACAAAAAUAUAAAUAUAUAUGUAUGUAUAUAUAAUAAUAAAAUGGAAAAUGAUUUCUUAUUUCGAAACUUAACGGGUUUUACGUGAGCGUUGGCCAAAAGCGUAUUUUUCGGGCGUCACUUAAAUAAAAAUUCGAAUUAGAUUAAAAGUGGCAGGAACAGAUAUAUUAUGGUGUUGUUAAACGGAAUGUACGGCAGCCCGCUUGUGGCGAGUGGAAGCAUGGGAACUUGAGCACUGGUUAGCAUUUAUUUCUCGUAUGUAUUACAUUAUUUUCAGUUACAACGUGAAAGCGAGGGGUAUGUAGAACGGUCGUCAUCUUGUAAGUGGUCGGGAAAGCACGUUUGAACAGUGACUUAUCAGGUGUAAUAUAAACCAGGAUGGUUGUAAAACUAUUUAAGUAGGAUUUUGUACGUAGCAAAGUAAUGCUUAAAUAAUUAAUCGCACGUCAGGUCGGUGGUCUAUGUCUGUAAAGGAAAAGUGAUUGUCUGUGAUUUUUUUAAGCGACUUUUUUAUAUAUAUAUGAAAAUAUAUAAUAUAAUUCUUUAACAGUAAGAGAAUAGCACCACUUGUGAUUUUAGAUAUUUUAUUAGUUCGUUUUUGUUUUUUUGUACUUGUACGAUAGAAGUAUAGAUUUAGCGAGUGGUGUCGUAGCGUGGAAUGAAGCGGGUUGAAUGUACAUAUAAAUUAUACAUAAUGUAAUAAAUAUAUUUAUAGGUAUAUAACAAAAAGCCUACGUAUCGUUCGAGAUCGAAAGCUCCUUGAGGACAUCACUAUUUGUUGGCAAAAGCGUCGAUAAAUUGCUAAUCGAAGCGAAGAUCGACUGCUCCUUGGAAGUUUUUCGCUCUCGAGCUACGGUACUUGAUGUCCACGACGUCAGAAAGAUAAGGCAAAUGGUUAGACCACAUGCUUGUUUGAUUCAUAAAGAGGCACGUGUACUUUAAGAGAUUAAAACGAUAAUAACUCUCAAUGCAAAAAUUAUGAUUAUAAUUUUAAAAAUGCUUGGAGCUAUCAAAAUAUAUUUGAAAAAUAAAAAACCUGAAGAUAUUAAGUAUCUUUCACCUAUUACUUCUAUCCUUACGAUUUUAAUUUGAAAAAAUGAUUGCUCUGAACUUUUUUCAGGAGUUUUUAUUUGAAUAUUUCUUAUAAUCUUUUUUGUUAUGUAUAAGUACACGUGGCUCUGGUCGGUAUUAGCGAAUUAAUUUGUGAAAAUAUGUAUGUGACGGCCCGUGCCGUGUACUAGCGAAUUUUUUAGUGUGGUAAUAAUAUUUUGGCGUAUUCUGUUAGUUACGCGAUGUAUUUGUAGGCAUUAUUGUUACGUUUUGCUUCGUAAUAGAGGUCAACAUUAGAAGCCCUUAACUUUGACCACUCUGUUUACGUACGAGAUUUGAUUGGUCCUUUGUGGUAAAUCGGAGAAUUUGCUAUGGAAACGCGUUAUCGGUGUAGCAUUGAGUGAAUAAUCGGAUUGAGAAUGUGUAUUAUCGAUGUUCAAGUGACGAUUUUGUUGUGGAGUUAAGGGCUUUAUAUGUGGAUUUGGUGUAACUGUAUGAAAUUGUCGAACGCACACAGAGUCGUUCCUACGUCCCUACUUACAUAGCUCUGUAAGUUAGGAUAGCGUUUACAAAUUGAAUUGAUCUUCUCUUCUAUGCUCCGGGCAUUGCGAAUAGGCAAUAGGCGUCUUUCAAUAGGCGAAUAGGCGUCUUGCCGUCUUUCUGACAGCUUCUACGCUUAGGACGGUAACCACUGAACAUGAGCAUUAUGAUCUUUCAUGAGCAGUUAGUUCCAAUUUCCGAUCAUAAAAAGCAAAGGCUCGUGCGUUCGAGAGUUUUCAAAAUCAAUUAUAAUAUGAAUACCAUUGUAAUGUAAUAUUUAUAUGUAAACCAGGGAUUACAAUUAGAUAAAAAAAAGAAGUAAAACACAUAAAUUAAUUACUGUUGUAUAUUCAAGCUAAGGUUACGCAGAUAUGUGUCCAUUUGCACUUAAUUAUGUAAAAAAAAAAACAGUGGAAUUAAUUACCUACAACACAGAAAACAUGAUUUAGGUCUAGAUUAUUAUUAUUAUUAUUAUUAUAUUGACGAAAAAUUUGUUCCAUUGUGGGAUUCUUAAUAAAAAUGUUGCUAAAAUAUACAA